GCAUCUAUAUCUGUGUUUAAGCUAAAAGUAAACCUCAUUGAAGAAGUAACAUAGGAAAGCUUUCAUAGCCGUUGGAUCAACCAGACAAAACUUCAUCUAGAGACUAUAACUUUCAACGGAUCAGAUUCUAGAUAUACGAUACACACGGUUGCACUAGAUCAGCACCUUUCUUUAAAUAAAAUUAAAUAAUAUCAGAAGACACGUUCUUCUUCUUACGAAACCGACUUUGUAGUUUCUCUCUUUUUUCCAUUACACAAAAACGAAAAAACGACAAGACAAAAACAAAUAACAAAAUCUUUUAAAUAAAUAUAAAUCGACUCUCGCGUUUGUUUAACUUCUUGUUUAUUUUUCUUACAGAUUAAUUAAUUUCUCUACAUGAACGAUCCAAUGGGAGAAACAGGAUUUUCUAGAGAAUCGGCGCCGGAGAUGGUGUUCUCGGAGACGGAUAUGGCCGCGGCUGAGCAGCUUAUGCAGCUAAGCGAAGAAGAGACGGUGAGCUGUAGCAGCAGCACCGGCGGAGAUUGUGGCGGCGGAGGCGGAGACAAGACAAAGCAUGAAUAUGUUAGCUCGAGAAUCGGACACGAGCAAAACGACGGCGUACGAGGAAACUCUAUUCUUGGUGUGGAGAGGAAGAGGAAGAGGGCGGUGAUGAAGGAAAAGAAGUUUCGAUCCCUCGAGAGUAUUUACAAAGCAACGAAGGAGAUUAGGGAUUAAUGGAGGAAAGGGAUCGGAGAUGGUUAAUUAUCGCUUCUUAAUUACUUUUGUUAAUCGUUGUUAGUAACCUGUUCAAUGGGCUUCUUUGUGUGUAUAUGUUUAGUCCUUAAUCUAACGUUGGAGCUGGAGAAUUUGUGAUAAUAGUUUUUGGAGAUUUUCAGAUUACAAUUGUAAAUAUUUUGGUUCACAUAUGAGACGUGGUACUGUUUUUUGUCCUUCAUUAGGCAUUUCGUUGCAAAAAUUAAACAAUUUUACUUUGGUUUUGAUGAAAA